CAUGUUUUGGGAAGGGUGUUUGUCUGUGAGGAAAACAGGGGGAUUAUGGUUCGUAUUUUAGCAGAAAUGUAGUGAACCCCAAUUAAAAUAGUAUAUUAUCAGUGGUUGUUUAAGUUGAGAGUUAAAGACGCAGGUUGAGUGACUUAAAAUUCGAGGAUUAUAAUAUUUCACAAGUUUGUCAGCGAAAACAUCGAUGACAGGGUAAGUUGUUUCUCUAGCUUGAGAAAUGCAAGGUUUUGCAGAGAAAUGUAUUGGCAUCCUAUCGCUGCUACCCCUGGCUUGGGCCAGAAUUGCCCACAACCACAAUGAAGUAUUCCUGGAGGAUCAGUAUGCCUCCUCGUACCUGUCUCGCUCACUGCUUUGGAACCACUGGGACUUUGAGCUGGUGACACCAGGAAACCUGGAGAGGGAGUGCAUUGAGGAGGUGUGCAACUAUGAGGAGGCAAGGGAAGUGUUUGAGGACACAGCUAAAACGAAUGACUUUUGGGCCAAAUAUACCCAGCAAGGCUCAGCACCACGAAUGGAUGUGGCAGGUCUAGUGGCAGGGAUCUUGGCUGCUCUAGUGUCUGCAGUCAUAAUCGCAGUGCUAUUUUGCUACUGUUACAAAUCCAAGAAAAGAGGCAUGAGGGCAAGCAGUGGUCCAAUGAGGAUGCCUGUGGAUGCCCUGCCAGCCCCUGAGACAGUGCCUCUCUCUGCAAUUGCUACCCCAGGAUUGCCUUCCUACAAUGAAGUCUUGAACCGCAGAGGGCAGCAUGAUGCUCUACCACCCCCUUACUCAGGAGGGGUGGAUUCAGAGGCUUCCGCCCCAGAGGCUUCUGCCCCAGCUGAAAGCACUGAGAUUACAGUGAAUACUGAGUGAAAAGAAGAGGAUAUUUUUUAAUGACUUUGUGUCUUUAAUAUUAGUGUCUUUUUUGAUGUCUCGGAACAUGUAGCGUAAUGUAAAUAAGUCCUAUCAUUAAUUGCAAUCUAAACUGUAUACAGUCAUUGGGCUCUGGGGAUCCUACUGUAGGAGGGAUGGUUAACGCAUGUAUGCUAGUUUUAGCUACCCAGUUUGAUUCUAGGUAUAGGGAAGUGUCACUUUAUUGUUUUAGAGGUUUAAGGAGCGUUUACUUAAAAUGUGUUUGCUAAAAAGCCAGUUUCAUUUCAGAGACUUCCAAUUUUGUCCAGGUAUCUACUAUUAUAAAUAAAAUGCUUUGCUUUAAGAUGAUACCUGUGAAAAUAAAAGGUAAUACCUUGAAUUAUGAUGAGGUUGAUGUAUAACUAUAGUUGGUGCUGUAGUUAAACAUUUUGGCUAAUGUUAGUCUUGUUUAGUUUUUUCUAAAUCUACAUGUAUUAGUUCAUGACAGAUUUUUUUAAACCCAAGUUUAUAUUUAUACA